AUGAUGAUCCAUACUGGAGAGAAACCCUACAAAUGUGAAGAAUGUGGCAAAGCCUUUGACUCUUAUUCAUAUCUUACUCAACAUACAAUAAUCCAUACUGGAAAGAAACCCUACAAAUGUGAAGAAUGUGGCAAAGCCUUUCACAUGCGUUCACUCCUUACUCGACAUACGAUGAUCCAUACUGGAGAGAAACCUUACAAAUGUGAAGAAUGUGGCAAAGCCUUUUACAUGCGUUCACGCCUUACUCGGCAUACGAUGAUCCAUACUGGAAAAAAACCCUACAAAUGUGAAGAAUGUGGCAAAGCCUUUCACUUUCGUUGUUCACAUCUUACUCAACAUACGAUGUUCCAUACUGGAGAGAAAUCCUACAAAUGUGAAGAAUGUGGCAAAGCCUUUCACAUUCGUUCACACCUUACUCGACAUAAAAUGAUCCAUACUGGAGAAAAACCCUACAAAUGUGCAGAAUGUGGCAAAGACUUUACUCAGAACUCGAGUCUUAUUGUACAUCAGCAUAUCCAUAAUGGAGAGAAACCCUACAAAUGUGAGAAAUGUGGCAAGGCCUUUCACUUUCACUCUGGAUUUUCUCGACAUAAGACCAUGCAUACUGGGGAGAAACCCUACAAAUGUGAAGAUGUG